CAGGAAUGCGGAAAUACAGAUCAAAAAUACUGUACGUCAGAAGGAAGAUACUGAAAAUAUUCUCAACUUGCUUAAUAUGAAGAAAAGAUUAUGAUCUGUUGGAAUGGAAGAAAACCAGUGCCUGCAUGCGAGUCGUCUCCUUCAAGAUGAGGACUCUCUAAUAGAAGGUGUCAGCAACCCUGUCCUUCUGGUGGUGGUUCUGAGCGUCACUUUUCUGGGUGGAUUGAUCACACUGCUCUGCAGGAACGAACAACAAAGAAUCCACCCCGAAAACCAAGAGCAUGUACGAGCGGUGCGGCAGCAGCUUCAGGCAGAUGAGCAGGACACAGAGCCAGAGCCAGAGCCCAGGCCGCAGUUCUACACAGACAUGUCGUGUCCAGUAUGUCUGCAGCAGGCCACUCUCCCCGUGGAGACCAACUGUGGCCACCUCUUCUGUGGCUCCUGCGUCAUUGCGUACUGGCGGUAUGGGACAUGGCUUGGGCCAAUUAGUUGCCCCAUAUGCAGGCAAACGGUGACGCUGAUCUUCCCACUGUUCCAAGGUAUAGUGCAGCCUGAUGCCCCGGAGCAGACUGAUGAUGGGCACCCUGAGGCCAACCUCGUCCUACAGGACCUCACAGACUACAACCGCCGCUUCUCCGGACAGCCCAGAACGAUCAUGGAGCGGCUGAGGGACGUUCCCACGCUGCUGCGCCACGCCUUCCGCGAGAUGUUCUCGGUGGGCGGGCUCUUCUGGAUGUUCCGGCUGCGCAUCCUGCUGUGCUUGGUGGGCGCACUGACGUACCUGGCCUCCCCGCUGGACUUCAUCCCCGAGGCCCUCUUCGGCCUGCUGGGCUUCAUGGACGACUUCUUCGUCAUCCUCCUGCUCUUCAUCUACAUCUCCAUCAUGUACCGCGAGGUGGUCACGCAGAGGCUAGGCGGAGGUGGAGGCUGACGAUGCACGCAUGAAAACAAACACAUGUACACAUCUACACACACACACCUCAGGCAUUGAAUUCUUUCAUGUACAUUCAUUCAUGGUCUCACAGCGGCUAGGUGGAGGUGGAGGGUGACGUUGCAUACAAAUACACACACACACACACACACACACUGGAUAUUGAAUUCAUGACUAGGUUGUAAUAUUUCUCACUCAGAAGUUGGGUGAAGGUGGAGGCUGAUGUCACACGCACACACACAUAAUCACACAUGUACAUGCUCAUACACUUCCAUAAUGUACUACAAGGUGGUCGAGCACAGGCUAGGAGGUGGUGGCUGACAACACACAAACAUUGUACACACCCCACAUGCACACACAAACACCCGUACCAACACCACUCGGUUGUCCUAUUUCAGGUCAAAGACCUUGGAGGCUGUGUGUGUUUUGUGUUCUCCCAACAGAGAAACCACAGCCCGUGUGUGUGUGUGUGUGUGUGUGUGUGUGUGUGUGUGUGUGUGUGUGUGUGUGUGUGUGUGUGUGUGUGUGUGUGUGUGUGUGUGUGUGUGUGUGUGUGUGUGUGUGUGUGUGUGUGUGUUGAAUGUGGAGACUUUGAGGGAAUAUAGUCGUCAUCAGGGUGCUUUCUUUGUCUGUUGGUUUUUAUUUGAUGUCAUGCGUUGACAUUUUUAUGUUCGCCUGUGUGUGGGGGGACAUAAUAUAUGUUUUAUUAUGUUGUAUAGCCAUCACCAUCUGAACAUCCUCGUAGUGAGGAGUCCCAUGAGAAAUAUCUCUUCCUCAUUGCUGGAUCUUUCACAUGCAUAUUUUCUGAGUGUGUAUUUGUGGCUGUGUGUGUGUGUGUGAGCGUGUGCAUCUGUGGACAAACACCACAAGUUCUUCAACAGAAUGUAGAUGGAAAUGGAUGGGACGUCUUCUCAUCUCAAAUGACCUCAAAUGUUCCCUUUUUCUGUAACUGAGGGCUCUAUAAUGUGUAUUAUUAUACUAGUACAUAUCGAUUUCAGAUCGAGAUUUAAAACAAGUAAAUGCAAUAUAUGAGUUUAGUGUCCUACAUGAUACGUCUUUUGUAAUAGCCGCCCUCCUUCCGUGAGUUCUGCACUAAACUGGAAGUCCCGUGUUGUCUGUGAAGACAAAUGAAACUUAAGGCAGGGAGACUAAACUGCACUAUUCAAGAGCCAAGCCUGUGCAUUCGCUCAGACGUCCAGGGUUACAGGACCACAGAGGGAUAUUGUUGUGACAACAAAUUUGUCGUUUUGUUUUCUAACCGAUUCAGGACUUUGCGUCAAUGCCUUGUGUUCUUUUCUGUCAGCCACCAUAUGCAACUUUAAUUUGUCACUUGCCCCCUUGCUGGUCUUUUCUUUUUCACCGUACUCCUUCACAUCUCUGUUUCUCUCAGUCUUCCUCCACACUUCCCUCUAGCUUCUUUCUUCCCUUUAUUACGUUCUUGUAUUUAUAUUGAGGUCUUUUGAGGUUUAGUGUUUAUUGGUUAUUGUUUUUAAUGAACACUCGAGAGAUACAGUUGCCUUGGUCUGUUUCAGUUUCAUUAAGCUAAACGUCCCUUCCCCUCUUACCCACCGCACCACCUUAUUGUUGGGUGCCAAACCUUCAGCACAUCCUAAACCAGUGGUUCCCAAACUUUCGUUUUGCUGAGCUCCCCUGUUGGAGCUAAGAUUAUUGUCACCCCAUAUUCCAAACUUCAAUAUUUUUUGUCCAUUUGUAUUGGUAAAUGUUAAUAUGAAAUUCACAAGUCCCUUCUCUCUGUGACCUUCCUGCAGCACCUCUGACCCCAGGGGUGAAGGAGUUUGUGAACCACUGUCCCUAAACCUUCCGUGGUGAUGGCAAUCUAUCUUGAGGAGCUGCAUACCACAUACCAUACUCACUUAAACCGUUUGUAUUAGCACAGUGGCAAAGUCCACAAGCAAAAUCAUAGGCAUUCACCGCACCAAGGUGGACAAGUGAUCUAUAUCAUGUAGUUGUAAGAAAGGGUAGGAGAGUUGCUCCACCUAUCCUCGAAAGGGAUGGUCACAGUCACCGUGGUAUUGGAUUGUGGCUCCUCGGUCUAGGCUGGACAUCACUGCUCUGUAGCCCCCUCUCAGGGUGGAACUUGCACAAAUUGGAUGCAAAUCAUUUCCUUUAAUUGGUAUCAUUUCCUCUGUCCUCCACCCUUGUGCCUCAUUGUUGACUUGACACAGUAAGGCCAGUGUUAUGUUGCCCAUUCAAAUUUAGACAUUGAAAAUACUAGGAAGGUAAUCUGAAAAAUAAGACUUGAGAUCUAACCAACUUUGAAACAUCGAGGAAUGUCCUUCUGUGCCACAAGGCUUUUUUUCUAGAUAUAACAUGUUUGUAGUACUUUGAAUGUCAAAUGAAUGUCCAGUAUAAAACUGACUUAACCCAAGUCAACAAGGAGGCAUGAGGUAGGACAGAGGAAAUGACGUGAGUUUGGGGAAAAGAUUUGCACCCCUUGUGUUCUCCUCUUUGCACAUGAGAGUGAAUGACCACUUGAGCUGUUUUAUCAACACAGCUGUAAGAGUGCAGUCCACCACUAAGUAAAAGCCCUUCAUUGUUUUUUUGUUGUUGCCAAAAACAGUCGCAGCAUUUCAAUGAACUACAAACAGUGGAGAACAUCAUCUUCAGUUUCCAUCCUCAGAGUGUUUCGGUUUUUGCAGUGAGGUUUCUCAUGCAAUAUUCAAAAAUCAAACAUCUUGGUGACUGGCACAUGGUUUAGUGUCUUCUAAAGGUGUAUCUCUUUCUAAGAAAAAGAAACCAUUGCACUAUUGUGAAUUUCUGGCAUUGACCUAGAAUGUAAAACAUAUCUGAUACAGAAUAAAUGUUUACAGUAUUUCUUUUGUAGAAAAAAGUAUUAAAAAAAAACUUCUGUCUGUUUUGCAGUCUGUUAGCUCUGGCAAGAUGGGAUCGAUGGACAUUGCAGUUAUUGAAUCAAUGGGUUUGGCUAUUAUAUAUGUUAUUUAAGUAUUAUUUACCAAACAUGUAAGCAUGUCAAUGAUCCUGUUCUACAGUAAUGGUGGUGGAAUUAUAUUAAAUUGCAUACAGGAGAUAUGGUCUUGUUUCAUUUUUGCGUGUGUGUGUGUGUGUAUGUUGAUGUGUGAUAGUAAAUGGUAAAUGGACUGCAUUUAUAUAACGCCUUUCCACUCCUUCGAGCACUCAAAGCACUGUACAUUGUAUGUCUCACAUUCAUGCAUUCACACUCACGUUCCCACACCUGUGUGUGGGUGGUUGGCGUUUA